UAUUGUCAAAGAUGUUUAUAGUCUGCAUUUCUUAUUAGUACAUUCAAUCUUAAUUAAUUUCUGAUAUUAUUGAAUUUCAAUGAACAAUAUGAAUGGUCAGUGUUCUAUUUGCUAUGCAUCAUUUGAAUAUUCUGAUGAAUUAUGUUCACCACAUUGUGGUCAUGUUUUUCAUUUUACAUGCCUUCGUGAAUGGCUUGAAAGAUCAAAAACAUGUCCGGAAUGUCGACGAAAAACAGAUGGCACCAAAAUUCAUCCAAUUUACAUUCAAAUGGGUAGAAAUUCAAUUCCUGAUGAAAAUUUAGCAGUUUUACAAGAAUUGUUAAGUAAUUUAGAAUCUGAAAUUAAAUCAAAAGAUACAGAUCUUAAUCAUUAUAAAAAUGAAUUUCAAAAAUUUAAAAACCAAGCUAUAGAAUUGAGGAAAGAAGUACACAACUUGGAAGUUGAAAUAAAUCUAAAAAAAAAUCACAUAGCAACAUUACAAGAACAAAAUAAAUAUUUAAAAGAUAUUAAAAUUGAAAAUGAAACAUUAAAAAAUAAUAUAAUUACUUUAGAAGCAGAACUUAAAUUUAUCAGAGUAAUGUGGAGAGAAACUGCAUUUCCAACGAACCCUACGAACUUGAGUUCUAAUAAAAAUUUUCAUUAAGUUCAUAUCUUCAGAUUUCCGAAGUAUUUGGAAUGACUAAACAUUAAUGAAUUAGAAUUAAAUGAUUUUUUCUAAUUAUUAUCAGUAGCGAUAUU